AUGUUUAAAGGAAAUGAUUAAAGCUUUUAGUGUAAUAUUUUACUUUAAAAGGAUUCAAUUUUCAAUGACGGAAUAGCUUUAUGGAAACAAUAGGACUAUGAUCUAAAAAUACCUAUAGAUUAACAAAAAUUCAAAAUUGAUUGUAAUUCCAAAAAUAAAAUAAAAUAAUUGACCCUUUACGAAAAAUAUAUUAGAUAUAGUAAAAAUGUAAAAAGUAAAUAGUUUAUUAGAAAAUUAUACUUUUUGAAAAUAGUUUCUUGGAUCUAAUACAUAAUUCAGAAAAUAAAUUAAUCGGCUUUAAAUUAAUAAAAUUUGAUGGGAGUUUGGCGAUUUUCGGAGAAUGCAAAUUAUGGAUUAAGAGAUUGAAAAAAUAUGUUAUUUAGAAUGAUUUUUCUAGACUUUAUUAGAUAUCUAAAAAAAUAGGAAGUGGUACAUUUGCAGAUGUAAAUAAUUAUCUAAUUUAAGGUUUAUUUAGUCAAGCAUAAGUCAACGAAUAGAGAAUAUGCAGCAAAAAUAUUUUAUAAAAAAAAAAUAAUUUUAGAGGAACAAGAAUUAUUAAUGAUAACUAAGGAAGUAUAAAUUACAAGACUCUUCUCUAGUCCUUAUAUUUGUUAACUUUAUGAGGUUUUUGAAUGUAAAAUUCAUCUUACUUUAAUAAUGGAUUUUUUAGCCGGAUCUGAAUUAAUUUAUUCAUUAAAAUUAGGAGGUUUAUCUGAAAUUUAAUCAAUUUUAAUAAUUAAGCCGUUGUUUUAGGCAAUAUAAUUAUUACAUAAACAAGGUAUAUUUCACAGAGAUAUUAAACCUUAAAAUAUUAUGUUGCAUCAAUUUGGAAAAUUAGAAACUGCUUGUCUAAUAGAUCUAGGUUUGGCUGAUUUUUGGAAUAAUAAAAAUGAAUAUUUAUUCACAUAAUGUGGAACACCUGGAUAUGUUGCCCCAGAGAUUUUACUUGGGCAUUCUUAUGAUUUUAAGGUUGAUGUAUAUAGUCUUGGUUUAGUAUUAUAUUUAAUUCUUACAGGGAAAGAACCUUAUUAAUCAAAAACACUUGAUGGAUUAAUAGAAGAAAAUAUGUAUGGGCAUAUUGCCUUAUCAUCAUUAAGUUUAUCUCCAAAUUGUCUUGAUUUUUUAUAGAGAAUUCUUAUAAAAACUCCUAAUCAAAGAUUAACUUCAUCAGAAGCUUUAUAGCAUCCUUUUCUUCUUUUUGGCCCUGGAAAUCAUUUAGACAUGAUUAAUAAUAAAAUUCAUCCUUCAGAAUUGUAUAGUUCCAAAAGCUAAUAAUUUCGCAAAAGUAUUGCUUCUUUAAGGCUAUAAACUGAUAUAUCCAAUAAUCUUGGGAUGAAGGAAGAAAAAGACAAAAAAAAUCUUAAGAAAUAGUUUUCAAUUCGGAAAGUAAAACUUUGA